AUGGCCUACUCACAGCCCUUUAUACUGGACCUGGGCACCAGUUCAAUUCGGGUAGGGCAUGCGGGAGAUGCCCUACCAAAAUUCAUCACACACCCAGUUUUGGGCCUACCACUAACCAACACUCUACAACCCUGUACAAAUGUCACAUUAGAUUCUGGCGCUAAGAAAUUAUCCUUGGAACACUCCUUCUUUCCCCUAUUGCCACAAGUGAAGAAAGAUAGAAUGGACCCCCUUUUUGCCUUCUAUUAUGAGUCACAUGUACCCCCGGACCCUGGCAACUACAACGCGGAUUUUCAGGCCCUAGAACGAUUGGUUGAGGACAUUGCCGCAACUAAUGGCAUCGAUGAGAACCUGCUCGAGGCAAAUGUACUGGUUGUUGAGCCUAACAUCACACAAGAUAGCUUUAGAGAGCAGAUGCUUAACAUGUUUACUGAGACAUUACGGGUUAACAGCGUAUAUUUUGGCAGAAGAGCGCCUUUGAGUUGUUAUGCAAGCGCUUUAAUUAGCGCAACUGUAGUUGACAUUGGCGCUUCGUGCACUAGCGUAGCGCCGGUAAUUGAAGGCUAUGUUAAUCCGCAGCAUGUGGCUCAGUCGCCAGUGGCAGGGGAUCUCAUUGAUCGCUCAAUAAAUGCAUUAUUAAAUAAGAAUAAUUUGCGCGUUAGACCCCCAUUUGCCGUAUCCGAACGUGACAAUACUGUAGAGUUACUGCCAUUGCCUUUUGUUACACCAAAUUAUUACCACUGGUCCGUUAUGUGCGAAACAGCCAGGCUCAAACAUCAGUUGCUGUUGCCAGAUGGUAACGCGUUUGAGCCAGAAACGACCGAAAUCAUUCGAAGCAUGGUGGAUUAUAUCCUGUUAGGUCAAAAAGCCACCAAUAAAACAAUUUCCUUUGAUAAAAUUAGGGCCACCUCACUCCCGCAGCCAAAAACAUUUAAAGUGCCCAACAGUCAUAUUGAUAUGGAUUCUCAGAUGGCAACAGUAGCCUGUGACAGGGAAGAUGUCUAUUUUGAGAGCUCAGAAACCCUCGACUCCUACGUAGACAACCAUUCACUCGUCAGCUUACUCUCUGACGCGUUGCAAUCUAGUCAGAUACAAUCCAAGACUGUUAUUCUAUCGGGGGGGUCAACCACAUAUACUGGCUUUGAAACCCACUUCAAGGAAUCACUGAGUGAACUCGGGAAUGAGCUUCGCUGUAUCGCUGUGGGCGGGGAUGAGCAGCAGUACAGCAGCUUCAUAGGGGCAUCAAUUCUUUCCUCACUAGGGGGCUACCCGCCGCUUUGCUUGACCAGGGCCGAGGUUUCCGAACAUGGGAUACAUAGGGCUCUGGCUAGAAAGUUCCCCUAG